UCGCGGCGGCCACUCUAUCGCUCAUUCGCGUCGGCGUCGCCUCGCCCGGUCCGCUCGCGCCUGCCGGCACUCGGCGUAGUCUCUGGCCUCUCGGUCGCUUCGUACGUCUGGCUCACCGACCAGUCUGUACACGCAGACGCAGAAGAGUCGAGGCAUGAGCGUCCAUCGCCGUCCCUUUCGAGCCUCGUCCGCGCGUAUGUGGUGUAUACGAUGUGCUCGAUACCGCCGCUCAUCGAUUGGUCGCCCCAAAUCUUGUCCACCCUGCUCGCAAUCCCCGUCGUCGGCGAUGUCACAAAGGCUAUCGUGCGUAUCACGUUCUUCGACCACUUUGUCGGCGCGGAAACCGCGGAAGAGGCCAUCCCGCUGGUGAAACAGCUGCGUGCAGAGAAUAAGGGAUGUCUGUUCGCGUACAGCGUCGAGGUCGAUGAGCACGAGGCAGCGGGCAAGGCUGCGCGCAAGGGCAAGAACGUGCAACCGGUAUACAAGCAAAGUAUGCAGGAGAUGAUCCACAGUAUCGAUGUCGCGGCGGAUUUUGAGGACAAGCAUCUACCUCCGGGUUCUAGUAAGGGUAGAAGGACAUGGGUAGCGGUAAAGCUGACAGCGUUACUUCCCAGCCACCAAUCUAUGGUCAACUUCUCUCGGUAUCUCCUCCAGCAUCGUUCCUCUACCUCGGUUCCUUUCCCGGGCACACUACAUCAGUCAGAUCUUGACGUGUUCUACCGCAAGGUCGAUGCGAACGAGAUCUUGGCUGAUCAGGAUAUCUUAGAUCUUAAAGACUUGUUUACGGACUUGAACGCUAUCUGUCAGCACGCCCAUGAACGUGGUGUCAAGAUCAUCAUCGAUGCGGAGCAUAGUUGGUACCAGCCUGCGAUAGAUGCAUUCGCCUUUGCGCUCAUGUCGAAGUACAACCGGUCGUCCUCUUCGUCAGUGUCACCCAACGUUCAGCCACUAGUCUACAACACAUACCAAGCAUAUCUCCGCCGGAACGAAUCACACUUGGCGCACAGCCUGCAAACUGCGAGAGCGAAUGGUUUCGCGCUCGGAGUGAAGCUCGUCCGGGGAGCGUACCACCCGCACGAGAUAGCCGCGCACGCCGCCGCUCGCUCACAGGACAAGAAGCCCAAGGUGCACGCACCCUCCGUCUCUCCAGACGACCUCCCGCCAGUGUGGACCACGAAGCCCGAAACGGACGCGUGCUACGACCGGUGCGUCGGCCUGCUCCUGGACGCCGUUGCUGCGGACGUUGCGCCGCCGAAGUUGUCGUGGUUCCGCAAGGCAGAGGCGCCGACUCGAGCGCUGACGAUCGGCGUGCUCUUCGGGACGCACAACUGGACGAGCUGCCGCCUCGUGCUCGACCGCCUCGUCGAGAAGGGGCUCGCGAAUGCCGAGGGCGCCACGUCAGAGCGUGAGCCUAUCGUGCACAUCGGAAGCGAGGUCGCCGAGCGUGUGGCGCUGGCGCAGCUGUAUGGCAUGCAUGACGACUUGACGGACUACCUCGUCGGCCGGAUCCGCUCUUCGAUGCCAUUCGUGAUCAAGUACGUGCCCUAUGGGGCGCUUGCGGAGGUUAUGCCGUACCUCGGACGCCGGGCGAUCGAGAAUAAGUCUGUGCUGGGCGAUGGCGUUGCGGCCGCGGAACGCAGUCGCGCUUGGGAAGGGAUUAAGCAGAAGAUUUUCGGCUGAGGGCUCGUGGCUACAAGGAGGUUUGGAUGCGCGCAAAACAAUAUUUCAUAGACGUUGUACGGAUCUCACUGGCAAGUGCUCUGACAUAGAUAGUAGGGGAGGAUUGCAUUACAUAAU